AUGAUGGAUUCCGAUAUUGAUAUGGAUGUAGAUGUUCAAAUGCAGGAUGCUGCCGGUGAUGAACAGCUGACAGCUGUUCUUUCUGAGGAUCAUCCUGACGCAGUUGGAAACUCAAAUGGAAAUGAAGACGGAGAUUUAGAUCUAGACGUAGAUUUGGGCAAUGAUAUGAAGCCAGGCUCGUCUGGUAUCGCAGAUAAUAAGUCUUCUGUUCCUGUUUCAUUAACUACUUCAAAUAUAGACCAAUUAGACCAAUGGAUUGAACAUAUUACAAAAUGUCAAAUCUUGAGCGAAGACGACGUUACAAAACUGUGUAAAAUGGCUGUAGAUGUAUUACAAUUCGAACAAAAUGUUCAACCUGUAAAUGUCCCUGUAACUAUAUGUGGUGAUGUGCAUGGUCAAUUUCAUGAUCUGAUAGAAUUAUUCAAAAUUGGUGGUCCUUGCCCUGAUACAAAUUAUCUGUUCAUGGGUGACUACGUCGAUAGAGGUUAUUAUUCAGUCGAAACAGUUUCUUAUUUAGUCGCAAUGAAAGUUAGAUACCCAAAUAGAAUUACCAUCUUGAGAGGUAAUCAUGAGUCCAGACAAAUCACUCAAGUUUAUGGGUUUUAUGAUGAAUGUUUAAGAAAAUACGGUAGUGCAAACGUUUGGAAGAUGUUCACUGAUUUAUUUGAUUAUUUCCCAAUCACUGCAUUAGUAGAUAAUCAAAUAUUUUGCCUGCAUGGUGGUCUAUCACCAAUGAUUGAAACUAUAGAUCAAGUAAGAGACUUAAACAGAAUACAAGAGGUUCCUCACGAAGGUCCUAUGUGUGACUUAUUAUGGUCAGAUCCAGAUGACAGAGGUGGUUGGGGUAUUAGUCCUAGAGGUGCAGGUUUCACCUUCGGUCAAGAUAUAAGUGAACAAUUUAAUCAUACAAAUAAUUUAUCUUUAAUUGCAAGAGCUCAUCAAUUGGUAAUGGAAGGUUUUGCAUGGUCGCAUCAACAAAAUGUAAUAACUAUUUUUAGUGCUCCAAAUUAUUGUUAUAGAUGUGGUAAUCAAGCCGCAAUUAUGGAAGUUGAUGAAAACCAUAAUAGACAAUUAUUACAAUAUGAUCCUUCGAUAAGACCUGGAGAACCGACAGUUUCAAGGAAAACCCCUGACUACUUCCUAUGA